AUGUUGGCAGACGCUCCAUCCGUGACGGACCUCGAGGUUUGCAUCAUCGAAAGUCACGAGCCAGGUACAAAGGUGCCACCGAAGAAAGACAAGGAGAGGCAGCCCAAGAAGAACAAAGAUAAGGGUGAGGAGGUUGAGAAGACCAGGAAGAAGAAAGGUCGUUCCCGCAGCCCGAGUUUGGCCGUGGAAGUAGAUGCUCCUCCGCAAGUGACGGACGGCGAGGCCCGGAAAGCUCAAGCCGGAAGUGCGGAUACAGCACAGGCAGGAGUUGCGGCAGCAGCAGCUCUCGGGUUCAAUGUGCUGCCGAAGCAGUCCAGCUAUGCGCCAAACGCCCCAGCUCCAGGUCUCCGCCCGUCGCUGCACGCACCGACAGCGCUUCCGACACCAAGUUCCACCUCGCUGGGGCAUCGCGUUUGUGUGCAGUACCUUUGCUUCACGCGCUGCGAUCGUGGCAGCAACUGUCCAGAGGCACACAUCAUGGAUCCAGAAGAGGAGAUGCGUGUCCGCGCAAAAUUCAAGAUGCAGGAGUGUAACCAAGGUGCGAACUGCACCCGGACGAGCUGUCUCUUCAGACAUCCCGGCGAGCGUGUGGAAGAGGCAAGUUUAUCUGGCAGUCAGCUGCAGAAGGCGACUCCACAAAGUGGUAUCACGCGGUAA